AUGUUGACAUUUUAUUGUAGAAUCAAGAGUUGCUAUGGAACACCAUCAAUAGACAUAAGUGUGGUUCCCAAAAUUACAUCUAUUGAAAACUGCCCAUACCAAUGGAUCAAGUUCUUUAAACAUCUCCCAUGUUUGAAAUCGUUUUCAACGGAAGAUCCAAUUCCCGAGGAUUUCUUAGAGCCAGGCGAUUUUCCAAACAGCUUGACGAGAUUGGAUCUCAAGAAUUUCGAUUCUAAAUUGAAGCCAAAUGUAAUACCGUCAACAAUCAAACAUUUAAGUCUUGGCUAUUUCGAUUGGGAACUAACCUCAGAAUCAAUACCAAAGGAUGCCCAAUUUGAACAUCUUUGUGUUUGUGACACCACCUCCAAGAUACUCCCCGACCAACUGCCACCAAAUAUCAAAAGUCUAGAACUGAGAAAGUACAAUCAACUAUUGGAACCAGGAAGUAUACCAUUUGGAAUUGAAACUUUGAAACUACCAAGUAUGAAUGUAGAGCAUAUCAUUAAAGAUGUCAUUCCAUCCUCUAUCAAACUCUUAAAUUGUUUCAAAAUCCAACGAUGGACGAUAAUAUUUUAG